CUUCCCGCCAAUUUUCAUUUCAACAGAAAAAUGUCCUCACGCUCUAACUACUACACUUCCUGGCUAAAAUUCUGCUGCGAAACCCACAACCAAACCUUAGCAAAGACAAUUCAUUGCUUCAUACUCAAGACCCUGGUGAACCCAGAAACUUUCUUUUCAAACAAUCUCAUCCAUACAUACAGCAAUUUGGGAAAUAUAAGGUUUCGAACAUGCAAGAUAUAUUCAAUCGCAUGCCAAAUAGAGAUGGGGUUUCUUGGACUGCGCUUAUUUCUGGAUAUGCGUCUUCUGGUUUGGGUGUAGAGGCAGUGAAUGCUUUUAAUUUGAUGUUGAGGGAUGGGGUCUUUAACUUGAACAGGAUUACUUUUUCGACUAUGCUUAUUUUGGCGUCUAGUCUAGGUUGUAUCCAUUUGGGUAGGCAGAUUCAUGGGCAGAUAGUGAAACUGGGGUUUGAGUCCUAUUUGUUUGUGGGCAGCCCUCUGGUUGACAUGUACUGCAAAGCGGGGUUGAUUUAUGAUGCCAAACUGGUUUUUGAUGAGGUGCCGGAGAGGAACGUUGUCAUGUAUAAUACAAUGAUUACAGGGCUUUUGCGGUGCGGCUUGAUUGAGGAUUCCAAAAGAGAGGCUAUUGAUUUGUUAAGAGAUAUGAGGAUGCAAGGCAUUACAAUGGAUCAGUAUACUUUUGGAAGUGUUUUGACCGCUUGUGGGAGUCUUCUGGCCUUGAGAGAAAGCAAGCAAAUUCAUGCUUUUAUAAUUAGAACCAAUUAUAAAGAUAAUGUUUUUGUGGGUAGUGCUCUUAUUGACAUGUAUUGUAAGUGCAAAAGCAUAACGUAUGCAGAAGCAGUUUUCAAGAGGAUGACCCGUAAGAAUGUUGUAUCAUGGACUGCAAUGUUAGUAGGUUAUGGCCAGAAUGGUUACAGUGAAGAAGCUGUUAGAGUUUUCCAUGAUAUGCAGAGAGAUGGGGUUGAUCCAGAUGACAUUACUCUGGGAAGUGUUAUUAGCUCAUGUGCAAACCUGGCAAGCUUAGAAGAGGGCUCCCAAUUUCAUAGCCGAGCAAUAGUUUCUGGGUUGAUUUCAUUCCUAUCAGUCUCCAAUGCACUGAUUACUUUGUAUGGAAAAUGUGGAAGCGUAGAAGAUGCCAGACAACUGUUUGAUGAGAUGAAAAUUAGGGAUGAAGUUUCUUGGACUGCAUUAGUUUCAGGAUGUGCUCAGUUUGGAAAGGCAGAUGGGACAAUUGAUUUGUUUGAAAAAAUGGUGGCCCAAGGUCUGAAACCUGAUGGAGUUACUUUCAUUGGUGUUCUUUCAGCUUGCAGUAGGGCAGGGCUGGUAGAGAAAGGGUAUCAGUACUUUGAAUCAAUGGUAAAAGACUAUGGAAUUGUACCGAUUCCUGAUCAUUAUACUUGCAUGAUUGACCUUCUUAGUCGAGCUGGAAGACUUCAGGGUAACGUGGAAAUUGGGAAAUGGGCAGCAGAAUUCCUUCAGGAACUAGACCCCCAAAACCCUGCAAGCUAUGUUUUACUCUCAAGUAUUUAUGCUGCUAAAGGGAAAUGGCAGAAUGUGGCCCAACUAAGGAGAGAAAUGAGAAAUAGGGGAGUUAGAAAGGAACCAGGUUAUAGUUGGAUCAAAUAUAAAAACAAGGUGCACGUUUUCUCAGCUGAUGACCAGUCAAGUCCAUUUUCAGAUCAGAUAUAUGCUGAGCUUGAAAAGAUACACUGCAAGAUGAUAGAAGAGGGUUAUGUGCCUGAUAUGAGCUCUGUUCUUCAUGAUGUCAAGGAAUCGGAAAAGAUAAAGAUGCUUAAUUACCACAGUGAGAGGCUAGCAAUUGCAUUUGGGCUGUUAUUUAUUCCUUCUGAGCUACCUAUACGCAUAAUUAAGAAUCUCAGGGUAUGUGGGGAUUGCCACAAUGCAACCAAAUAUAUUUCUAAGAUCACGCAGAGAGAGAUACUUGUUAGAGAUGCUGUCCGUUAUCACUUGUUUAGAGAUGGAAAAUGUUCCUGUGGAGAUUUCUGGUAAUUGAGUUCUUUGUAUUCAAAGCAAUUCUACAGGUCAAAACCUUAGAUUCACCUGGUGGAAGGACUGAAUUCAGCAAUUUUGCUAGCAAAAAGAAAGAGAUUUCGCAACUAAAUAAGAACAUUUUCCUAGGGUGUUAGUCCAUUCAUUUCGCGAAGCAUCUUAUGAACACCAAAAUCCAAGUACAUAUCAUUGUGAGCGUAUGGUUUCAGAUAUCAAAAUCUUUGGUUUAUGUCUGGUGGAGAAUGCAUUGCGGCAAUAAUUCAAGGUUUGGAAUAGGAAAUAUUCAAUUAUUGAAGAGCUGGUAUCAGCUGCUAAUUUUAUAACCACGAGGAAGAGAGUCGCAUCAGGACAUGUAUAACAUGAACAAUUCAACAAUUGUUUGAAUAAUGCUUCAGUGGACUACAUUAUGCAAAGGUAAGACAUGAUGGUGUAAUGGAUAUGAUUUUGCUGACAAAAUGUAGAAGUUUUAUAUUUUUAUAUCAGAAGUAGUCAACUUGGAAAAUAUGAGAAUAUACUCUAUUUAUGUUC